AUGAAAAAUAUAAAAAUAGAAGAAGUUUGUGAUACUGUACGAUCUCAAAAAGGUGGAACUAAACUAAAUAUCAAAGAGUACCUAAUGGUUAAGGAGAAAAAUAGAAGAGAUGAUAGUGGUAAACAUAAUCACUUGCCUGAUGCUAGCCAUUCAGAGGUUGUAAAAGCAGUCACUGAAAUUAAAAAACGUGCCUCAGAAAGUAGAGAAAAGCCU